AUGGGAAAAGCAUUGGCUCCACUGAAAGAGGAAGGUGUUCUCAUCAUCAGCUCUGGAAGUGCUACUCAUAACCCGAGGAAGCGUGGCACUAACAAAGCUCCAAACCCAAGAAUGGCGCAUCCAUGGCCUGAGCAUUUGUACCCAUUACACAUUGCAAUGGGAGCAGCAAAUGAUGAUGUAAAGGUAGAGCAAAUUCACACAAGUUGGACAAGUACUUUGUCUUAUUCUUCUUAUAGAUUCACUUCUUCCCUUUGA